AUGACUGCCGGUGAAACAUUAAAACUUCCUGAAACACAAAUACUUCAGAUACACGAUUUGUCAUGUGGCCAUCAUGUACGAUUUCAAGUACGUGAUCCACCUGGACCGAAUCAUACCACUUUGCAUCCAUUAGAAUUUGAUAAAUAUUCUAAUGAUUGUAAUGCACUCAUUUUUGUUAUCGAUGCACAUGAUGAUUUUAAAGAAGCACUUGUUCUUUUAACAAAUACUAUCCGCUAUAUGUAUGAGCGAAAUAGACAAACACGUUUUGAAGUGCUUAUUCACAAGGUCGAUGGUUUACAAGAAAAUAAAAAAAUGGAUAUUCGUCGCGAAUUGCAGCAAAAUCUCACUGAUAUUUUAAUUGAAUAUUCAAUAGAAAACGCCUUAAUUAAUUUUUACUUAACCAGUAUUUAUGAUCAUUCGAUUCAUGAAGCAUUUAGUAAAGUUAUUCAGAAUCAAACGAAACAAUUACGAGCGCUAGAAAAUAUGUUACAAAUGAUUUGUACCAGUACACAAUUAGAUAAAAUAUUUUUAUGUGAUAUAAAUAAUAAAAUAUUUUUGGCUACAGAUAACAAACCUGUCGAACCACAAAUCUAUGAAUUAUGUUGUGAUUUAAUUGAUGUUUAUGUAGAUAUAGCCAGUAUUUAUGAAUCAAAUGAUAACCCGGUGUUAGAUUCGAUGUCAUUUUGCACAAUAGAAUUAAGCAUUGGCGUUGUAUUAUAUCUUAAAGAUAUUAAUGAAGUUUUAGCGCUAAUAUGUUUAGUACGAAAAGAAUCAGCUAUUAAAGAAGGUUUGAUCGAACAUAAUCUACAGUGUCUCAAGAAUGCUGUAGAAAAAUUAUUUGUCCAUGAUAGACUUACUCCAAUGGAUGAUAUGAAUUUACAUAAUAUUGAAUAA